UCCCAAUCCAAUUUGCAACACGGAUUUGAAUCUACACCUUGAAGCCUUCACUUCACAAACAAUCAAUAAUGACCACCCACCUCGCCGCCGUCUCUUCGGCCAAAGGCACCCCCUUUGAGCUCCAAACCCGCGCCACGCCGAAACCCGGUCCGGAUGAGCUCCUCAUCGUCGUCAAAUCCAUCGCCCUCAACCCGGCGGACGGCAUCAUGCGGGACAAAGGUCUCUUCAUACCGACCUAUCCCACAGUCAUUGGCUUCGAUUUCGCGGGGCUAGUCCUUGAGGCCGGCAACAACGUCCCCGUCGCUUUCCAACCAAGCACCCGUAUUGCUGCCUACGCCGCCGCCGUCUGGAAAUCCUGUGACCCGGACUACGGGGCCUUUCAGGAGCGGUGUCUCAUCCCCUGGCAGCAUGCGUUGUGUCUUCCAGAGGGGGUAUCUUGGCACCAAGCGGCAACUCUGCCUGUCGCUGGCCAGGUGCCUCUGAGCGCGUGGGAUAUGAUGGGGAUUCAACGGGUGGGAGGGGCCACCAUUUCUUCUCCGCGAAAGAGAGAAGCGCUACUAAUUUGGGGUGCUUCUUCGAGUGUGGGAACGAUGGGCGUGCAAACUGCCCGGCUGUUGCGUGAUGAUCCCGGCUCUUCGAUCGCUGCUGUGUAUGCCACGGCUGGUGCGGCGAAUCAUGAGUACGUAGGCUCUUUAGGCGCGGAUCACGUCUUCGAUUACAAAGAGCCACAGGUUGUGGAUGCGAUUAUUUCGGCGGCUAAGUAUGAUGGCCUGGUAAUCCGGCACUGUUUCCUUGCUACGGGGCAGCUGGCGCCGUGUCAAGCUGUCCUGAAAGCUUUUGUGGGAGAUGAUCGGAACGCAACGAUUGGGUCCGCUCCAGUGGUUCCGCCGGAUACUGAAGAGGUGGAUGGAGUGGAAGUCAUCUUUUUGAUGCCGUCGAUGGAUGAAGGGGAGAGGUUGGCUCAGUUUGAAUAUUGGAUGAGGAUGUUGAGGGAGAACUUGGUUGGUGGGGCUAUCAGUCCAAGCCCAGAGCCGAAAAUUGUGGGAAAGGGGUUGGGGGCGAUUAAUGCUGGGUUGGAUGUCCUACAACGGGGGGUGAGUUGUACGAAGUUGGUGAUUGAAAUGGAGUGACAUUAUGGAAUGCCGAUGCAGCUUAUUGGCGUGGGUGUUUAGAUAGAUGCCACAUCCAUUUACUGGACAGAGCAUACAAUCUAGUCAUCUUUAUCAUUUCUUCUUUCAGACCAGGAAUAGAGG